AAGAACCUCUCCCAAGAAUACAAAGAAAGACGAUGCAGACGCUCGACGCCAAAACGAAGAAACUGUUGGGGCAAGUCCGCAUCGACAAGGAGGUGCAGCAGCUUGGGUGCCUUUUGAUGGUGACAGGUUUCCCGGAAAUCGUUCAGCCCCUGACUUGGAUCGCUGGUUUGAUCAACGGAGGCAAAGAUGAGUUUGGCGACCCGAUCACCGUCACCACUGGUCUCCCCUUCUCGACUUUGUUCGGGUACCUUUGUUGCGUCUUGAUUGGAGUUCUCGCCCUCUUUGUUGGCUAUGCGGCAGCCUUCCACAAUGCUGGCAACAAGCGCAUUACAUUGGCGGUGUCUAUCUUUGUCCAAACGGCGUACAUUCUCACUGUCAGCACAUGUAUGAAUGUCACCCGAGUUGCCUCAAAGGGAAGCAACUUUGACGUACCCUUGGGGUCCAUCUCGGACCAAGACGAUCUACCAGAACCCAACGCUAAACUACUUGCCUCCAUGGGAGUAAUUGCUAUCAUUGCCUAUUGGUUUGGAAUGUUGGGUUCCAUCUCGCUAUUGUUGGGCUCGUUGCAGAAAUUCCAAGAGGGCAAACCAGAAGAACGCCCUGCAAGCUAUUACAAGGGUCGGCUCUUGUUUUACAGCUUUGUCUUGUUCCUGGGCGGAAUGGCGCAGCUGGUGGUAGGAGCUCAUCUUGAAUGGAUUUACAAGCUUGGAGGCGGUCCGCUGCCCAACGGUGCUUUUGUCAAAGUUGCAAUGCUGCUCAUUCGAUACCCAUCCUUGGCCAUGACAGUGGGAGCGGUCCAAAUCUUCAACGCCAUUUGGGGAAUGCUGAGGUACUUUGGCAUUAUGAAACCAAAGGACGGCGGCGCAUUCGUCUGCUCCGUUUGGUUUGGUUGGUUUGUGCAACUGGUCCUGCAAAUCAUGGUCCAGCCCUCCAUUUUGCCGGGUGCAACUGCUGCGAGAGCUCCUCCAACGCUCACCGCGUUUGCUUUUGGAAUGAAUUUCAUGCCUGCCUUUCUCGACUCCAAGGCCGGUAGUCUUCCAAACGAAACGGAAAUCCGCGACUAUUACGGCUUGGAUCCGACCAAAGGUGACACGGAAAAUGAUACCGGUAGCUUUGUUGACGAAGAGCAGGCAAAUGCUUCGCAGCGCUUUCAAAAUGUACAAGAUUGUUGAAUGCAUGCUGGAAACUGAAUGUUAAUAAUAGAUAUUGUUGAAAACGGGAUCCUAAUCAGACCGUAGACGCGUAGGGCAGACACAAACAUCCAAGGAGGCUCUCCUUUGCUCGCUUGCUUUGCCCUCAGAUAACCAUAGUGACCGUCUCAAUGCAAAAUCAAAAAAGUCUGUGCUGGCUGUGCGAGGUUUCAUGAGUUUUUCAUGCCACAAAACACAAAACGUCAUCGAUGCUUCAUGCGUCAUACGCAGAGGGCAAGCCGCUUAUUAGUCGGCUCAAAAGGUAGACGCGAUUGUCAUGCUGCAUGCAGUCUUGAUGGGGGUUUAGAGUCUUAAUGUUCAAUUUACCCGCAAACGCGUGA